AUGCAGAUUAAUAAGAGUCAUAUGGGCGAACAACAGGUUCGUGCCUUUGCUCUAUCUACCAUUGAAAAUAAAUAUCCUAGAGACACUUGGUUGCAUGUCAACAUAGAUGGAUCAAUGCUUAACGAUGAAGACGGAGCGGGAGUCGGUGUGGCUUGUGAUCUUUUUUCAUACUAUGCACCAAUAGGAGCUCAUUCCACCCAUUACGAUGUCAAAAUCGAGGCUAUUUAUAUCGCAUUAAAGCAACUAGCUAUCCGCCCCUCGUCAUUUUGCAGAGCGGUUAUUUCGUCAGACUCCCUGUCUGCUCUUCAAUCUCUUGCAAAUAGACAAUGCACAGAUAAUACCCGUAUAAAGGAGUGCAGAGAACUCUCAACGUCAAUGUCUGUUCCUUUCCAAUGGAUCCCAGCUCACUACGGGAAUCCUGAGAACGAAGCUACCGACUUUUUCGCCAAAAAGGGGCCAAGAGUCGUCCAGAGACCUUUGAAAAGCCUUUCAUUUCAUUCAGUCAAACUCCUGAUAAAAAGAAAAUAA